GGUAUCAUGAACUAUGAGGAGGCGAGAAAGGGAAUUUGAAUGAAGAUUGAGCCUAAAAGAGAUUCAUGAUAAAAAGGUGCCAUCUCAACAAAAUACACCAACAGCAGCUCUGCAAAUGAUCUCACCCUCUGUGCCCGUGAAUAAACAUCUCUGCCUGCAAAACAGGAAAAGCAGAGCCAUGUAAUCCUCCAUACAUACGUCCUGGAAAUGAGUACACUGUACCGUGUUUAGUAAUCAAUGCAGUCAAACAGAUGCCUGCUUUGCAUAGAUUAUGUCCUGGAUUUUGGAAUCAAUGUCAAAUUAAAUAAUAAGAAUGGAGAGCAGUAAAAUGGGGGAAGUAGAGAUGACACUUCCCCUUCUUUCGAAAGAGCUUCACUCUCUGGUCAGCUUCUAAUGGUAGGGCUGCGUACACUGAGCCUCCAGAGGUGUGGCUACUUAGAGUGGAACCCUCAAACUUUGCUUCAGAGUACUAUGAGUUUUCUGAACUCAGGGAGAAAGAGCCAGCUCUCGGAUUUACUGUCUUUUUAUUGCAUAUCAGAGGCAACAUAACUGGAACGAAGAAGCUUAUAGCUUUUUGCUGUUUCUACCCAUUUGGAAUCAUACAUGGCUUCAGAUGGCAAUGCUCUCCAGGUUCCCUUGCGGCAGAAGCCCAGAAAGAAAAUUCAAGGUUUUUUCACGAUGAGUCGGAGGAGAAUAUCGUGCAAAGACCUGGGGCAUGCUGACUGCCAGGGGUGGCUGUACAAGAAAAAGGAAAAAGGAACUUUUCUGAGCAACAAAUGGAAAAAGUUCUGGGUGGUACUGAAGGCAUCGUCGCUGUAUUGGUACAGCAAUCAAAUGGCAGAAAGAGCUGAUGGAUUUGUCAACCUGCCUGAUUUCACCGUGGAGAAAGCAUCUGAAUGCAAAAAAAAGCAUGCUUUUAAGAUCAGCCAUCCACAGAUCAAGACCUUUUAUUUUGCAGCUGAGAAUACGCAGGAAAUGAACGUGUGGUUAAACAAGCUCGGAUUAUCUGUAAUCCAUCACGAAUCCACUACAAAGGAUGAAGAAUGCUACAGUGAGAGUGAACAGGACGAUCCCGAAAUAGCUGUGGAGACAGCAUGGCCUCCUUGCUCUGCGGAGACUCUGUCUCCUUCGGCAGCACAACGGGCAUCUUCAUCUUCACCCAAACUGAGUGAAACAUUGUGCUCUUUCUCUUCCCUGGAAAAUACCACAAGGACACCGAGUACCUUGUCCUCCUUAUCUAAAGAAAGACAGUCCUGGAUUGACAUGAACAGUUCCUCUGCAGCUGAAGAUGUGAGCCCGUCUAUAGCCGUUGCCAUGGAGUUUCACCCACCUGCACCCUCAGGGGCAGACAGUCAAAGGGCGCUGGAGAACAGCGUUGCCACCUCGGAAAGUAGAUUUUUGAACUCUCUAUCUGGUGAGAAAACAUCUUCAUUGAGUAGCAACCUAGACCAUCUCACUGUCCCAGACCAGCUUACUGGACCAAAGAUGAUGGACAGAGAGGAAGCAAAAGUGUCUGAAGAUGAAAUGGAGAAGCUCUACAAAUCCUUAGAGCAAGCCAGUCUAUCUCCUCUUGGGGACCGACGACCUUCCACCAAAAAGGAGUUGAGAAAGUCCUUUGUGAAGCGGUGUAAAAAUCCAUCCAUCAAUGAGAAACUCCACAAAAUCCGAACCUUGAAUAGCACAUUAAAGUGUAAAGAACACGACCUGGCCAUGAUUAACCAGUUGCUGGAUGAUCCGAAGCUGACAGCCAGAAAGUACAGGGAGUGGAAGGUCAUGAACACCCUGCUGAUUCAGGACAUCUAUCAUCAGCAACAGGAUGACUCAUCUGCCCCCGAGGGCACCCCCUAGGGACUUGAGAAACCACCUUCCUCUGCCUCUGUUGGAAAUUCUAUUUGAGAACAAGCCAGAAUUGUGUUUCCUUCUUUCCCUAAGCAACUCUUAAGAUGUUGGAAGAGCUUACAUUUGUCCUUAAAAGGAAAACCAGGACCCAUUACUCAACAUCAUCUCCCCAUAAAAGUGCAUUCUGGGUGAGGAUCACACCAAUAGCAGCAGGACUCCUUCCAGGUGUGGCGUUCCCAUGGAGACUGGAGUGACGACGUCCAGUUGAACAGCCUCGUGUUCCUGUAGGGAGCUCACAGUGAUGCCAGGCUCUAGGUGGGAUGUAAGAACUCCCAUCUUCUGUCCUUGCUCUCGAGAGAAUUACAACAUUCUGUGGACAAGGGAUCACUUUUUACCAAGGAUAAUCAUUCCUAGAAAUACUCAGUUUUCCAAAAGGAGAAGGUACAUACAUAUUCUACCUGGUUGGGUAGCUGAGUUCUCCAAAUCAUUUUGUUGGGUGAAGGAAUAUGUUCUCCAGCAGCAACUAGAGCCGCGCAAAUGUUUCUGUGAGACUGAAAUCCCCUGCCCGAGGUCCAGAAUAGUGGUGCCUUUUCCAUGAGUGGAGAGGCAAGUCAUAGCAAGUGGGGGAGGGGGGACCCAAGGAGGGGGUGUGUUCUGUAUUCCCCUCACUCAAAGGACAGCGUAAUAGUGUCACACUUCACCCAGCUGGGGGUGGGGUGGGAUCUAUUAUGUUUCCUUUCCACAGAGCAGCUAAAGAAAAUGUCUCCUUGCACUUGGAAGCCAGCGUUUCUGAGUCACUGGAGGAGGUAGUAACAGAUUCAGCAAGGAGCGUUUGCGACUGCGCUCGGGGGUGUGCCCACGCACAGUGCAAAUUCAUAUCUAAAUUCCCUAGGAUAAAUAUGGAUGCGAUGAUUCUGCUAUCAACAUUGUUUAAAUAUCUUUACCUGAAAAACAAAAAAAACAAAAAAACAAAAGAGUUAAAACCAGAUUGUUUUAUUUUUGUAUAUGUCCCUUUGUGUCCUAUGUGAAUAGCCAUCUGUAUUAUGUUUGUUAUUUAAGUAUAUUUAUAGAAAGUCAAAUUACUAGUGUUUUAAAAGACGAUAUACUAGUUUAUGUUUUGCUCAGUAUAUAUUCUCAAAGGAUAUACGUUUUUGCUUGAGAAAAAGAGAAAUACUAUUGAUGAUUCAUUCAUUGGAGUUAUUAUAGAGUAUAAUGUAUGAGGAAUGCUCAGGAAAUCUUGUGGGGUAAAUAUGGGGGCAUGCAAUAACAAUCUUUCACUUUCUGGUCUCUCUCUCUCUCUCUCUCUCUCUCUCUGUCUCUUCCUCCCUCCCUGCAGAGGGCUUACACUUCUCUGUUUUAACUUAGUCUUAACCAGAAAUGGACUUUCACCUUACAUUAUCCCUUUUGGUAAAUAUUUUAUGCUAUUUAUGCCCUAAACCAAAUGAAACACAACUAAUGUAGUCUUUUGUCUAAAGACUGAUAGAAAUUUAGGGGUCUUUUGUUAAAGAGAACUGAUUUUGUUAGAGAAGCAAUAUUAAAGUUUUUCCUUACUAAUCAUGACUAUUUCUCACCACAAAAAUAACUACAACCCACCAAAAACCCACUUUGGCCCCACGCCUAGCAAACUGUUGACGUAACGGUUUUCUGGGUGCAGUGAAAGCAUGGCUUGACAUUUGAAUGGAAACAACCCCUGAAUUUUAUCUGCAGACUACAUGGAAAGGAAAUAGUUGAUGAAUAUUUCCCCAAGCUUUACUAAGACGUCUUAAUACUUGGCAAACACAAAACAACCUAAGCAUUAGGGAAGAACAAGAAAAAGCAAACGAGGAAGCAACUUGUAGUGCUAGAAGCUUGUAUGAGCCAAGAGGCCAGGUCAGUUGGUUUGGCCCAUCAGACUCUUCAGAGCUCCCACACCAAGAGGAAUGUGCUGGCCAAGGCCACGGGCCACACACCAGAGGAGGCCUGACCUGCAGUGACGGUUGGCACCAGAGAGAAGUAACCAUUCAUGUCCUCAGAUUGGGACCUGAAGCUUCUGGCUUGAGAGGCCAAUGCUUUUAUCUCUAGAAAGGAUCAGUUUGCAGCCAAUACAAUGUUGAUGAUGUGGGAUUCACAAUGUCAACAAGUCUUGAGGGAAGGAGAAUGAAUGGAGGAAGUACGUGGAGUUCUUUCACCUCGUUCUCUGGUUCCCAGCACCAGCCUAUACAUUUCAAGAUUUUUUUUUUCAAAAUUGAAGUCAACCAAACACUUUUGACUAGGGCUUGGGGUAUAUUUCCAUGUCUAACUUUGGCUUUUCAUUGAUACAUAUUUCACGGACCCUUUAGUACAAAUUUAGAACCACCCAGGCAGAUUAGGCCCAUGAGAUGAUUUAAUCAAGCCUUUCCGUUGUUUUUCAGAGUCAGGUUCAUCCAGAGGUAUUUGCUUUGUUAGGUAAAGCAGCUACUUUGCAGAACGCCCCAAAUGGAAGUUAAACUGGACUGGGCCAUUUUGCACCCUGCUCUCCUGGACCAAGGUCACUGUAAAGGGAGACUGUUCUACUCCCUCCUGUAGACAUAGGGUCCGAGGGCUGUGGAUUGUGGCCGUUGAGAACCUGUGGCACCUCCUAUGGAUUAGGGUCUGGAUCAGACUCCUCCCUGGGGUUGUGGGAGGACCACUUCUCACUAUUGUGAGUCUGGAGACCCAAACUGCUGCCUGAUUCACAUACCCUCCUCACUGCUGACACGCGGCAGCACAGGCUAAAUCAGAUGGUCCCACACUUGGGUCCGAUUUUUUGCUUUAAAUAAUUCUUAGUUCUGCUACAAUUCCAGCAUAGCAUCAAAGGCCUAGAAAGAAUCAUAGAGCAUAUUUUUGUAGAGACCCCCGGAAGUCUAGAAAAGAACUUAUGUUUGGAGUGAGAUUUCAGUGUGAAAUCAAUGCCUUGUAUUUACGUAGCACUUUAUAAACUGUGUGUUUCAGGCUCCCCCUCCCCCUCCCAGUGGUCUUUAUGGGAUGCUGGCGAUGGCUACUACUCCUUUUGAAGGAGGAAGGAAACAAGCUCUGAAAAGUGAGGUGCUGGGGAGAGCCCCAGAUGGUACAGCCAGGGCUCAAACUUGUUCCUCCCUCUCUAACUUGUGCAGUUGCUGUUGGGACCAAGUGUUGACUUGGCGUGUGCAUGCCAUUGUGCUGAAAUGGGCACGUGCCCCUGAUGGCUUUUGCAAAGUCAUCCAUUUGAACCCUGAGGGGCCUCUUUUCCUUAAACACAGUCUCUUCCUCAUGACCCCACAGGUGCUGCCCCUCCUGGUGACCCGCUGACUCUUAAUUGGGGUUUACCCUAAUCACUCUGGGUUUCCUUUCCUUCCUUCUGAACAGGUAGCUGCUUGAUAGGUGCUGUGAGAUCCUUCAAUGAAAGAGAGUUAAAGAAAUGGAGUGUGUUUAUUUUGUUUUCCUUUCAGAGAGUGUCAGGAGGUGUCAGAGACUGAGCUUAGUGACCAGGGGUCACUAGUCACUUCUCUCAAUUCCUUCUCAUGUAAUUAUGAUGAUAAUUUCCUCAGAGAACCUUUAAAUCGUAAAUCAUAUCAGAGAUGAAACAUAAAAUAUACUUUUCAGUCUUUUAACGAGAGAUGCCAUUGAAAGGUAAUAUUUUGAUACAGCCGCACAGAUGUAGUGAGUAAUUUAAGUACACAGGAUGCUAUGCAAAAGUUACUCUUUAUUGAAAAGCCCCCAUAUCCAAGUGAAGGCUUAGGAUGCAUCCCUUCUCCGUCUGAUAGAGUAUGAUAUUUGAUUGGGAUUUUCUUACUUAUUCCCCUUCCCGUUUUUUGUAUACUUACCUCACAAGAGGAACCAAGCCCUGGAAAUGUGAAGGGACUGCCCUGCCCAGGCUAUCCCAACAGGGAGUUGAAAAGGUAAGCCCCUGAAACCAGAUUUUAACCCAUUUGAAAUGGGCUGGGACGGGGCCGUUCCACCGCUCACGGUGCGACGUCCAUCUCAGUGACCGAGAUGCUGAACAGCUACAGGUUUCUCCAUCUCAGUGACCGAGAUACUGAACAGCUACGGUUUCUACAUGGUGAGACAGGAAGCAACUUUCUCGGGUCCUCUGCACAUCUUGACUCUUCCUCAUAUGACCACAGACCACAGAGAAAACAUUGAACGUGAAUUCUUGUUUAAAAAAAAAAAAAAAA